CGAGAGAGAGAGAGAGGCAGGGAGAGAGGGAUAGAGAGAGAGAAAUGGCGCCUCUAUUCUGCGCUCACUGAGUCUCUGUUUGGAGCCGGUCAGGGAGAACCAGUAAGGGCAAGACAAAAGAAAACAGAAAACAUGGUGAACACACGGAAGAGCUCUCGGUCGGGCAGCGGCCCCUUCAUCUCCUCCAGGACCCGGUCGUCGUCGAGACCCGAGCGGAGCUCUGAGGAACAUAAGGAGCCCAGUAGUGAUGUGAGCAGUCCCAGUAGCCCCCAGCUGGCUCCCCCUUCCAAGCGGACGCGGAGGCAGACGGCCUCUGAGCCCAGCUCCAGUGAUACCUCCCCAUCCCCGCAAACCAAGGGCCAGAGGGUCAGCUGGGAAAUCCCUACCUACCGCACAAGGCUGUCCUCUCGCAUAAUGCAGAACGGACAUGCGCAUGUGAGUCACCGGAAUAAUGAGAGCGGAGGUGGAGAUCACUCUCGUAUGAAUGGCCAUGUGGAGCUGAAGAGGAGCUGCCGGGUGAAGAAAAGCCAAUUUGAACACCUCAAUCAGAGCCUGCUGUUUGAUCAACUAGUCAACAGCACUGCUGAGGCUGUCCUCCAGGAGAUGGACAACAUCAGCAGCAUCAGGCAGAACCGUGAGGUGGAGCGACUUCGCAUGUGGACUGGAGACACUGUGGAGGAAAACCUGGAUAUGUAUUCCCGGGUGAAGCGCAGGAAAUCCAUGCGCAGGAGCGCUUUCAACAUGCCAGCACACCACAAGGUCCUGAGCAAAACAGAGCAGGAAGAUGAAGAAGGGACGGAAGAAUCUCACGAGGAAGAUGCGGAAGAUGCGGAGGACCACGAUGAAGAUGAUGAAGGGGAUGAAGCAGAAGAGGCAGGAGAGGAAAAUGGCAGGCCAUAUAAUCUGAGACAGCGAAAGGCAGUGCAGAGAUACGAGGCACCACCUAUUGAGCCUGUGAACAGAAAACAGAGCAACCCCUCACUUUUUGACACCCACAGAUCCCCAGCACGAAGAAGCCAUAUAAGAGUGAAGAAACAUGCCAUUCACAGCAGUGACACCACCUCGUCAUCUGAUGAAGAGCGGUUUGAGCGGCGAAAAAGCAAAAGCAUGUGCCGGGCCAGAAACAGAUGUUUGCCCAUGAACUUGAAUUCAGAAGACCUGGCAAGCGGGGUUUUGCGCGACAGGGGGAAAGUGGGUGCCAGCUUGGCUGAUGUGGAUCCAAUGAACCUGGAUAGCUCUGUGAAAUUUGACAAAGUGGGAGGCCUCAGUAAUCACAUUCAGUCACUAAAAGAGAUGGUCGUUUUCCCGCUUCUUUACCCUGAGGUCUUUGAAAAAUUCAAGAUUCAGCCUCCCAGAGGAUGUUUGUUCUACGGCCCACCAGGGACAGGAAAGACCCUGGUUGCGCGGGCACUUGCCAACGAGUGUAGCCAGGGAGACAAGAAGGUUUCCUUCUUCAUGAGGAAAGGAGCCGACUGCCUCAGCAAGUGGGUCGGCGAAUCAGAACGCCAGCUACGCCUGCUCUUUGAUCAGGCAUACUUGAUGAGGCCAUCCAUUAUUUUCUUCGAUGAGAUUGAUGGUUUGGCUCCCGUUCGCUCCAGCAGGCAAGACCAGAUACACAGUUCUAUUGUGUCCACCCUGCUGGCCUUGAUGGAUGGCUUGGACAGUCGUGGGGAGAUAGUGGUCAUUGGUGCUACAAACAGACUUGACUCUAUCGACCCGGCACUCAGGAGGCCUGGACGCUUUGACCGGGAGUUUCUGUUCAGCCUGCCCGACAAGAAGGCCAGAAAGCAAAUCUUGGAGAUUCACACGCAGGACUGGAAUCCCAAAUUGGCUGAGCCAUUUGUAGAUGAACUUGCAGAGAAAUGUGUCGGCUACUGUGGUGCUGACAUCAAAGCACUUUGCACAGAGGCAACCUUGAUGGCGCUGCGUCGACGCUACCCCCAGAUCUACGGCAGCAGCGUCAAACUGAAGCUAGAUGUAACAUCCAUCGUCUUGGGGCCUGGCGACUUCAGCAAGGCCAUAAGUACAAUCGUCCCAGCCUCCCAGAGGGCCCUGGCCCCCCCUGGCCGAGCCCUGUCCCCCACCCUCAGGCCCCUUCUUGCAAGCUCUUUUUCCUUGGUGCUGAAAGCUCUGCUCCGAGUCUUCCCCCACGCUCAGUGUGCUGACAGGGACAACACACACGGCGGUGACAAUCAACUGCUAGAAGAGGACCAGUACAGCGACGAUGAGGAAGGCUCUUCUUCCAUCUAUGAAGUCGAGCCUGCUGCCUCCCCAAAGAGUCAUCUCUCUUCUGCUAGGCACAGACCCUUCAUCCAUUUCUCCAACUCCGCCCUCCAACAGCCCACAGCAUACCGGCCUCGUCUGUUGUUGACGGGGGCCUCGGGCUCAGGACAGAGCUCCAACUUGGCCCCUGCAUUGUUGCACCAUCUGGACAAGCUGCCAGUGCAUCGGCUGGACUUACCCACUCUCUACUCUGUCAGUGCUAAGACUCCAGAAGAGUCCUGUGCUCAGGUAUUUCGUGAGGCAUGCCGCAGCGUACCCAGUGUUGUCUUCAUGCCACAUAUCUCGGAGUGGUGGGAGGCCGUGGGUGACACUGUGAAGAGCACCUUCCUCACCCUGCUGCAUGAUGUGCCCUCCUUCAGCCCUAUCCUUAUCCUCGCCACCGCGGAGACUCACUACUCACAGCUGUCAGAAGAGGUGAGAAGUUUGUUCCAGAGGACCUACGGUGAGGUAGUAACACUGUGCCCCCCAGGAGAAGAAGAGAGGAGGAGCUUCUUCUCUAACUUGCUACUGGUCCAAGCGGCCCGGGCUCCACCACGCCUCAGGAAUAUAGAGAGGUGUGAAGAGCUACUGCCAGUGGCUGAUGCUCCAGGCCCCCGAGUGCUGUCGGCAGAGGAACAGCGCCGUCUGGCUGAACAGGAGGAGAACACAUUACGGGAGCUCAGGCUCUUUCUCAGGGAUGUGACCAAACGCUUGGCCACUGAUAAACGUUUUAACAUCUUCAGCAAGCCAGUUGACAUUGAUGAGGUGUCAGACUACCUUGAAGUGAUUCGGCAGCCCAUGGACCUGUCUACUGUCAUGACCAAGAUUGACACCCACAAGUACCUGACAGUGAAAGAGUUCCUGCUGGAUAUUGACCUCAUCUCCAGUAACGCUUUAGAAUACAAUCCUGACAAAGACCCUGGAGACAAGGUGAUCAGGCACAGAGCGUGCAGUUUAAAGGACUCUGCCCACGCUAUAUUUGCCGCUGAGCUCGACCCUGAGUUUGACCGCAUGUGUGAAGACAUCAAGGAAGCGCGCAGGAAGAAAGACCUCCUGACGCCAACUCCGCAGACGGCAGCUCCGGGCUCUGUGGCAACCAGAAAGCACCAAGCUGCAGGAGAGGAGCCGGCCAGGAGCAGCACUCUGGGCGAGGCCACUGACAAACAGUGCACCAAUAAUCAUAUAAAGCGAAAGAUUCGCCGGCGGCCUUCUUGGGGGAGGGGCAUCAUCCGUAAAAAGAAAAGUUACAAGAAAGGAAUGGAAGAGGAUGAGGAUGAGCCCGAGGCAGAAGUGGAAGCUGCAGGACCCAGCGAUUCAUGUUUGACGCAGGAUGAGGAAUCGUCUUGCGAUACCUCAGGUCCCCAACCCAAUGGCCACCAUCACCAUGCCCCCUCCACUGAGGAGGAGAGCUCCAGUGAGCCACUUGUUGUGGCUCCUGCUGAACCUCCAGAGGACAAUGAAGCCAGAGAGGAACCAACACCUAAGGAGGAGGAGACCACAGCCAACAAGGGCGAGUCUGAGAACAUGGAGAAGGACACUGAGCUGUAUUGCGUUGGUGACAGUUCUGUCCCCAAGGCAGACAGGGAUAGCCAGACCGAGCAGGUUGAGCUCCAUCCUCUUGCAGAAACAUCUGAGUCUUCAGAUGCUGAGGCCCACUCCAAGCACAUAGAGGAUCUCCUAGUAGCACAAGUGGACUGUGUGAAUGGAAACGUGUCAAUGGACAGUCUGGACUUGCAGAGCCCCAAGAGCAGCAGUGAAGGCUCUAAUGAGCCAGAGCAGGACGAGCACAAAGACAAACAUGAGAGCCAUCGAACUCAGGAUCCCCCCCACCAGGAUUGGAGGGCAGUUACAGAGAGUGCUGACGAAGAUCAAGACAUAGAAGGAGGUUCCAAAGUAGGGAAAUACAAGAGGAGCCCAUCAGAGCAGCUGAAGGAAUCGGUGGAAACGCCUGAAGAGGAGCCACAACCAGUACCUCCGGUCGUGGUUGACCACCAGCAACUUACGGUGCUACUGGAUAUGGUGGUGAAGAAGAGCACUGGCUACAGCGUAGAGCAGCUGGAGAGACUGUACUCCGUUCUCAGCCAGUGUAUCUUCAAGUACCGCAGAGAGUACGACAAGACCCAGCUACUGGAGGAAAUGGAGGAGAGAAUCCAGCAUUUUGAUACAUUCCUGUGACCUGGAGAAACUGUACCCGUCAGGGAGAUCCUGAACAAGCCUGGGACCACAAAGACACAAACACAAACUUGAGUGAGAGAACGUGAAGGAGUCCUCGGCACGAAAAAACAAACAAGGAAAAAAUCCAGCACCCUCCUUUUGGCAAGGAGGGAGGACAAGGUUGAGGAUGGAGACUUUCAAUGGUGCUAUCGUCUCAGGAAUCUGGCCAGAUCCAGACCCAUUCUACACAACCAAACUCCUGGAGGUGUGUCAGUCACACAUCACAUGCACACACACUAACGGGGACGGGCAACUCUGGUGCUACUCGGGUGCUAUCCCAACUUUUAUCCAUGCUGCUCUUGGGAUUACUUCUUAACUUGGAUGACUAGCAAAACCAACAGAUCGGGUGAUGUCAUAUCACAACCUGGCCGCUUCUGUCCGGAGCAAGCCGUGCAUACACUCUUGAACACACACACAGUGACGAUUGGGUAUGUAUGCAUUUCUACAAAUUCACACCAGAAAUGUGUACACAAAGACACACACACUUUUAGAUCCUCACCAGCAGAGAAUGCAAAGUGCCGCAAAACUGGGGGGGUUAGGUAUUUUUGCUGAGCUGCAUCGCCGAGCCCAUCUCGCCCAUAAGUGCAGCGGCGCCGCAUCACCGGCCAGUUAUCACCACGAUAUCAUGUGACUCGUCUUUUUUUUUUAUCUCUGCCAUUUUAGUUACUUGAUUAGUUGAAUAUCUGAGCCACCGUCGAGGACACUCAACCAGAACUGGAGUUUACGGAGAACGGCAACUUCGCUGAGGUUAGCACAGCGGGACGAGGAGCGAUUAUCUCCUCUUCAGCAGUCAGGUGUGGAAAGCUGUAAGCCCCCUCUCCCCUCCUUCCCUGUGUUUUUUUUCUUUCUCAAGAGCUGUAAAAUCCACCUCACUCCACACGUUUGCUCACAGACGGCCUCUGUCCUUCACCGUCUCAGCAGAUUGUCGUGUCCUAAAUAGUUUGUCCGCUAGCUGCACGCCACCCUCCCUCCCUUCCUCACUUUGUUCCACAGUAUGAAUGUUUUCCGCUCCCACUCAAGCUUUUGCCCACCAGUGGAAGAUUUCCAUCGACACCCCCGGCUGAGUUGCUGGAAGCAGUAUAAAUUGGAACGCGUCUGUAGUUUUGCACUGCCUAGCGUGUGCCUUAUUUGAAACCUCAUGAAACUCUGAAAUAUUUCGCAAGAUGUUUUUUUGGGGGUAUUAUUAACUUUAGUCUCGUGACAAUGAACCCAAGUUGGGGUUGUUCUUAAUCAUUGAGGUCAUAGUGACCUUGAAGCAAAAAAAGUUGUACUUAUCUCGGUGCCAUUAGGUUGAUUAACGUCAUAUCUAGGUUUUUACAUCUCUGCUCAGUUCCAAUGUCAAAAUGGGCCAACAAAAUUUUUUGAAAGCAGGAAAAACGAUAUAUUAACGUUUGUGUAGUUACGGAAUUUAUAUGUAGUCACCUUGUACCACAAUGCAGUCCACAUCCAAAAUAAAUAAUAAUAACAAUAAUAAGGGUGUGAGUCACAUGAACGCUCGUGCCAAGCGUUGAGCCACUCCCUCAAAAAAGGUGCUGACACCAACAGCGCCCAUUCACAGGAAUCCUAAUGUAAACUGAUGUACUACGGUGUAUAUUUGAUCACUGUUUUUUUUACUUUUUUAUAAGAUGCUUUGCUUGAGUUGAUUUUUUUUGCAUGUGUUGUGAUUCCAUAUUGAACAAGGCCAUUCUAGGCAGAGCCCAUCACUAAGUUGUACAAAGCAUUACAUGAUUUCAUUUGAUUUUCUUCUUUCACACGUGUAUGUUCGCACUUCACGGAUUCAUUUUUCUUUUUUCUCAACCCCAGACGAGAGAAGCUGGAUUCUCAUUUGUGGCCCACACAGUACAUUUUCUGUCUGCAGUGAAUGAAGGUGUUUACUGGAUUUUUCUCAUGCCACAUUUGAUCUUGGGGGAGAGAUGCCGUGUUCUGAGCAGGUGCCGCCUGACGGAGGCCCUCUCCUUUUCUCUCUGAGCGUUCCCCCCCUCUGAUCCUUACACUCCUCCCGCUAAAACUCUGACCCCGGCUCACCUCUGCCUUUCUCUCUGAUUCUGGGUGACACAAAAAGACGCAAACUGGCAACGACAGGUUAGCACUUGGACUACUGCAGAGAAGAAUAAAACCAACGCUACCUCAGCUUAAUUUAUUUAAAAAAAAAACUGUUUACUGGGUACAUAAACAGUAUUUUGUCUUUUUCCUCACACCUCCCCUAAAAAUACUGUUACAACAUCCACAGUACCAUCCUCUGUACCAGGUCAGUGCAACCAAGGCUGCUGCAGUAAUCCAACAGUUGUUUAUAUCUCUCUGAGUGUUAUGUACGUUUGCAAUUGAGCCAGAUGACGAUCGCAUACAUUUUAAGGAAACUUCGAUACGUUUUUUUUUUCUUUUUAAUGCUUUAGAUUCAGGUUGUCUUAUUUUCUACUGUACAUUGGCACUGAGGAGGCGUCCUACAUCUGCUCGUCUUUCCCUUAACCCCCCCGAAUCUACAGAGGACAUUUUUUUUUUUUUUUUGCCUUUUUACACAAGAUCAUCUUUCCCCCCAAAAAAUGUUCAUCUCAUCCAUUGUUAUUAUUUAUUAUUAAACAUGUUCUUCAUCUUUUAUUCAGUCAACUGUCUUUUUGUACGUCUGAAGUUUAAAGAGUGGGGAAGCAACACACGUCCGUUUUUACAACAACUUUGCUGAAUCGCUCAGCGUUUGUGUAGCAGGUUUUUUUUUGGGGGGGGUUGGCAUGUACGGGGGAAUAAAGGGUUUACAGGUCUCUCAGGUUUAACACGCGACAACAUACCCGUUCGACUUUUUCUAUUUAUUUCAUUGUUCUUGUGUUUUCUUCGUUUUGAAGUGGUAACGGAUUGUGGCAUACUGGAAGUGACGAUUAUUAGGAUGGAACAGGAUAUUUAAAAAACUUACUGUCUUUUGAGUAAAAACCCUAGGAAGAGAAACAGGACCAGACAAACUUUUGUAUUAUUGUUCACUUUCUGCCAAGAGAAUAACUUUUUAUGGAUUUAAAAACACAUUGGGAAAUAAUAUAUGGGUAGUUUUAAAUGUCAUACAUUGUGAUCUUCCUUUCUUGUUAUAAAUAGUAGCCAGUUUGGACUAACAACCAAUUUUUGUCUGGUAGUUGAGACUACUUAGUCCAGUAUGCAGAAGGAGAAAGGGUUUGUUCUAUCCCCAAUGAUUUUGUUCUUCCCGAUUUUUUUCAAAGUUAAUUUAGUCUAGACUUUUCAUAGCUAUGUCAAUUCUUUUCUUUUGUGUAUUUAACACACCUGUUCUCAAUUGUUACUUUAGUGUAAGUUAUAUUUGGAAAUGAAACAUUUACUGUAUUUCUCAAAUAAACUGCUGUGAUAUACUUGAAUAAAAAGGUGCAA